AUGUCAACCACAUCGUGGAGUCAGACGUUUGCAGACCGACAAACAUUGAAUAUAUUACAAACUGUCAUAUCAAGUCUGUCCAUCUUUGGCUCGCUAACCAUCAUCAUAACCUACUUCCUCUUUCAAGACUUGCAGUCAACAGCGAGAAAAUUUCUUGUGUAUAUUUCUAUUGGUGAUUUUUUUACUGUGUUUCCGUAUUUAAUUACAGCAUGGGUGGAGCACAAGAAUGACUCUGUGAACUGUAAAGUUCAGAGUUUUGUAACAACCACUGCAGUUAUGUGGUCAUUUUUUUGGACUUCAGCUUUAGCAAUAUAUUUAUAUCUUGUUAUUGUGAGAAAAAGCCAAGAGAGGGCAGAGAAGUUAAUGCCAUAUUUUCAUGUCAUAAAUUGGGGCCUCCCCCUGGCCCUGCUUGGUGCAGCGUUGGAAAAUGGUAUGUUAGGCAGUGGAGAAUCAAAGGAUUCAGGGGGGUGGUGCUGGAUAACCCUCACGUUGGGCCGUCGUAAAGCUAUCUGGUGGAUGCUAGCUUGUGGAAAAUUUUGGGAAAUUUUAUCGUAUUUUGUUGAUGUGGUACUUUGUUUUAUUGUGUCAAGGAAAAUAAAGGCAGAGGUCAGUUAGUUUCAAGUUGUUUUUGAAACUGAAAUGAAACUUUCAACUAAUGGUGAUUGUACAAUAGCACCACCAUGCUGCACACCCACUCACCAUGCAAGUUUCAAAUUAAUUCAUUUCUUUCUGCAGGUAGCAGAAAGACAUGGUUUAUCAUCUGAAUCAACUCAAGCUGCCAUACAAGGAAAAAGAAAGCUUAUUUGGGCUCCCGUUCUCUUUGUUUUGCUUCGGAUAUGGGGAACUAUCAGAUUUUUGUUGUUUUGUUUUCUCCCACAUCGAAGUAAAAAUUACUUGAUUGAAAAAAUUCUCAUUGUUUGUCAUGUAAGUAUUGUCUAAAUGACUAAAAUAAGUCACUCCUUCGCUUGCUGUCAUCACCUUUUGUGUUUUGCCACCCACAAAUGGCAGACAAAACCUGGUUGUAUUGUGUGAGAAAGGCUAUUUAUUUAACCACAAUUGCAUCCCGAUACUCCAUAUUUUACUCGGUUUAAUGCCAGACGAUUUUACUCGUCAAGGGGAAAGUGCUGCCACUCAAUGGGUUCAAGUUUUGUAUAUGUGUAGUAGAAUAAUAUGAGCUUAUCCUUGAUCAUUACCCAAGUUAGCAAACCCCUAACUGAGUUGCAUAAAAUGGUAGCCCAGGUGUAGCUAAGUGGCGAAGGCAAGGGCGGAUUUUCAUUUAUUUAAAAGGAGAGGUAGAAAAGUUUCUGGUGGGAUGCAAGCGGCACCACUCGUUGAGCUUCGGCAGGGGUUAGGCAUUUGGAUUUAUUCAUUUCACACAAAAUAGGUGUGGUGAAGCGAAAUUUUGAUGGGGUUGAAUACUUUAUUCGAGCGGUUACAGAGAUUCUAGGGGAUUUAACCCCCCCCCCCCAGUAAAUCCGCCCAUGGGUGAAGGGGGGAUGUCCUCUCAAGCACAAUAAUCUCCACACAAUAUUAUUGUGCUAACAGUUUUGAUAUUUUAUAGAUCAUUGGAGAUUCCUCUCAAGGAUCUGUCUACUUCAUUUUGUUCUGUCUAUGUACGCCCAAGUUCCGAGAAAAUGUCCGCAAAAUGUUGUGCAGUUCCCAGAAAAAGAAAAGUGUGAGAAUUGAACGUAAAGGUAGGCCAAGCAGUUCAAAAGAAGAACACAAGUAUCUUCUGCAAAACCCUGAAAAUAUUGUAUUUUACACCUAA